UGGUCAGUGAGCAUGAGUUCAGAUGGGAAAUGUUCUGGGCUUCCUACUGGCCUGAUGCCAAACAGUGACGGAGAUUAGACUACAAGAGGGACUUCCUCCGCAAAAUCACAGAUAAGAGCCUAAUACAAUUCUUUUAUUUUUUCAAAAGAUUAUGGCCCAGUUGAGAGUGGGAGGUUCAAAGGUUAGACCACUGCAGGGACUUUCCAGUGGGUAGCAGUGGAGAGACCCCACCUUGUGGGUAAGUGAAAAGAGGAAUAUGUCAUGUCCCCUGUCUGCGAAAUCUGAAGCAAGAGGAGAAACCGCUGCUAGCCUGGUUAGACUGGCUGUGACAUGACAGAGAGGCAGGGAAAUCGCUGAAAUGACCUAGAAGGGCCUCUUAAACUUUCUGGAUGGACCGAGCAAGAGGAGGGAGAGAGAGGUGUGUCUCUUGUGAGGAGGGUGAACCUCUUUUUAUUCCCUCCCAUUCCACCAACUUCCGCCCAAGCCAGGAUCUGUCACAACUCGAGAGGUGGAAAUUCCAGUUUCCCUGGCCCAGAGCUUCCAGUGCUGGCUUUGGCAUGAUGGGCACCUGGAGGGCUGCACUCCCGUUCCAGCCAGGCUGAGCUUUCUGUCCCAUGCCUCUGGGGCCUGGGAACCCCCCUUCUUCUUUCUCCUGAAUGGCACCCCCGCCCUAGAAUCCAGACACCAGGUUUUCCACUGUGGCUGGUUCAAGGGUAUGUGAGAGCUCCCUGGUGACAGCCUGUGGCUGAGCAUGGCCCUCCCAGCCCUGGGCCUGGACCCCUGGAGCCUCCUGGGCCUUUUCCUCUUCCAACUGCUCCAGCUGCUGCUGCCGACGACGACCGCGGGGGGAGGCGGGCAGGGGCCCACGCCCAGGGUCAGAUACUAUGCAGGAGAUGAACGCAGGGCACUAAGCUUCUUCCACCAGAAGGGCCUCCAGGAUUUUGACGCUCUGCUCCUGAGUGAUGAUGGAAAUACUCUCUAUGUGGGGGCUCGAGAAGCCAUUCUGGCCUUGGAUAUCCAGGAUCCAGGGGUGCUCAGUCUAAAGAACAUGAUACCAUGGCCCGCCAGUGACAGAAAGAAGAGUGAAUGUGCCUUUAAGAAGAAGAACAAUGAGACACAGUGUUUCAACUUCAUCCGUGUCCUGGUUUCUUACAAUGCAACCCAUCUCUACACCUGCGGCACCUUCGCCUUCAGCCCUGCUUGUACCUUCAUUGAACUUCAGGAUUCUUACCUGUUGCCCAUCUUGGAGGACAAGGUCACAGAGGGAAAAGGCCAAAGCCCUUUUGACCCCGCUCACAAGCAUACAGCUGUCUUGGUGGAUGGGACGCUCUAUUCUGGCACCAUGAACAACUUCCUGGGCAGUGAGCCCAUCCUGAUGCGCACACUGGGAUCCCAGCCUGUCCUCAAGACCGACACCUUCCUCCGCUGGCUGCAUCCGGACGCCUCCUUCGUGGCAGCCAUCCCUUCGACCCAGUUCGUCUACUUCUUCUUCGAGGAGACAGCCAGCGAGUUUGACUUCUUUGAGAGGCUCCACACAUCCCGGGUGGCUCGAGUCUGCAAGAACGACGUGGGAGGCGAAAAGCUGCUGCAGAAGAAGUGGACCACCUUCCUGAAGGCCCAGCUGCUCUGCACCCAGCCGGGGCAGCUGCCCUUCAACGUCAUCCGCCACGCGGUCCUGCUGCCCGCGGAUUCUCCCACAGCUCCCCACAUCUACGCAGUCUUCACCUCCCAGUGGCAGGUUGGCGGGACCAGGAGCUCUGCAGUUUGUGCCUUCUCUCUCAUGGACAUUGAACGUGUCUUUAAGGGGAAAUACAAAGAGUUGAACAAAGAAACUUCACGCUGGACUACUUACAGGGGCCCUGAGACCAACCCCCGGCCGGGCAGUUGCUCAGUGGGCCCCUCUUCCGAUAAGGCCUUGACCUUCAUGAAGGACCAUUUCCUGAUGGAUGAGCAGGUGGUGGGGACGCCCCUGCUGGUGAAGUCUGGCGUGGAGUAUACACGGCUUGCAGUGGAGACAGCCCAAGACCUUGAUGGGCACAGCCAUCUUGUCAUGUACCUGGGCACCACCACGGGGUCCCUCCACAAGGCUGUGGUGAGUGGGGACAGCAGUGCUCAUCUGGUGGAAGAGAUUCAGCUGUUCCCUGACCCUGAACCUGUUCGCAACCUGCAGCUGGCCCCCACCCAGGGUGCAGUAUUUGUGGGCUUCUCAGGAGGUGUCUGGAGGGUGCCCCGAGCCAACUGUAGUGUCUAUGAGAGCUGUGUGGACUGUGUCCUUGCCCGGGACCCCCACUGUGCCUGGGACCCUGAGUCCCGAACCUGUUGCCUCCUGUCUGCCCCCAACCUGAAUUCCUGGAAGCAGGACAUGGAGCACGGGAACCCAGGGUGGGCAUGUGCCAGUGGCCCUAUGGGCAGGAGCCUCCGGCCUCAGAGCCGCCCACAAAUCAUUAAAGAAGUCCUGGCUGUCCCCAGCUCCAUCCUGGAGCUCCCCUGUCCCCACCUGUCAGCCUUGGCCUCUUACUAUUGGAGUCAUGGCCCAGCUGCAGUCCCAGAAGCCUCUUCCACGAUCUACAAUGGCUCUCUCUUGCUGAUACUGCAGGAUGGGGUUGGGGGUCUCUACCAGUGCUGGGCCACUGAGAAUGGCUUCUCAUACCCUGUGGUCUCCUAUUGGGUAGACAGCCAGGACCAGCCCCUGGCCCUGGAUCCUGAACUGGCAGGCAUACCCCGGGAGCACGUGGAGGUCCCGUUGACCAGGGUCAGUGGUGGGACCGCCCUGGCUGCCCAGCGGUCCUACUGGCCCCACUUUGUCACUGUCACUGUCCUCCUUGCCUUAGUGCUUUCAGCAGCCCUCAUCAUCCUCUUGGCCUCCCCAUUAGGAGCGCUCCGGGCUCGGGGCAAGGUUCAGGGCUGUGGGACCCUGCCCCCUGGGGAGAAGGCCCCGUUGAGCAGAGAGCAACACCUCCAGCCUCCCAAGGAAUGCAGGACCUCUGCCAGUGAUGUGGACGCUGAUAGCAACUGCCUAGGCACUGAGGUGGCUUAACUCUAGGCACAGGCUGGGGCUGCAGGACAGGCACCUGGCCAUGCUGGCUGGGUGGCACCAGCACAGCCCUGACUAGGAUGAGAGUAGCACAGAAGACCACCGUCCUCCCUUGAGAGGAGCUUCGGCUACUCCUCAUCACUGAUGGCACUCAGCAGGGUCGUGCACAGCAGUCUGCCUCCCCUAUGGGACUCCCUUCUGCCAAGCACAUGAGCUCUCCAGCAGAGUGGGGGCUAUCCACAGACCUGCUCCUACGCUGAUAUUGAAGAACCUGGAGAGGAUCCUUCAGUUCUGGCCGUUCCAGGGACCCUCCAGAAACACUGUUCCAAGAGACCCUAAAAAGCCUGCCUGCCCCAGGACCCAAUGGUAAUAAAAACCAAACAUCUAAAGAACCAUAUGCUAAUAGGCCACUCCUGGAAACUCCGCUCUGAAGCUGCCACUUUGGACACCAAUACUCCCUUCUCCCAGGGUCGUGCCGGGAGCUGCUCCUUCUUGCUUCCCUUACCGGUCAUGCACCACUGAUUCCCAGGAAGUCUUUCCUGAAGUCUGACCACCUUCCUUCUUGCUUCAGUUGGGGCAGACUGUGAUCCCUUCUGCGCUGGCAGAAUGGCAGGGGUAAUCUGAGCCUUGUUCACUCCUUUACCCUACCUGAUCCCUUGACCUCUCCCCCUCCCUUUUCCUUUGUUUUGGGAUUCAGAAAACUGCUUGUCAGAGACUGUUUAUUUUUUAUUAAAAAUACAAAGCUUAUGUAUGA